CCGCGCUGGCCGCGCUGCUGCUGCCGAGCUGCCCGGCCGCGCUCCUCGUGCUGACCGCCGACGCGCUGGAGAUGUGGCAGACUUCAGACGACUGUGACGAGGGGUCCGCAUUAUAGUUCACAUCAUCCACGCAAUAACGGCGUGGCCGUCUAGAGCCCGCCGCGGCCCUCCCGUUCCGUCCGCGUCACUCCCGCUGCGGCCACUCCCGCACCCGCACCCACUCCCGCACCCGCACCCGCCAUGGCGCUGCUCCCGACACCCCGCGCCGCGCAGGUAGUACGAGUUCUGUCGAGCGGCCGGGGCGCGCGCCCGCCCGCCCCGCGCACCGACGCGGUGCCCGCUAGUGGGCGGCCGCAGUGCGCGGACCGGCCGGACCUCGUGGCGAGGCGCCUCGCGGCGGCCGCUCGUGCUCGCCGCGAGGCAUACGAGCGCGAUGCGGCAACGUGCGAGCCGCAACCCGCGCCCGAGCCGCUCGCCUACCGUCUCGCCGCCGCCGAUGGAGCGGAACCUUCGCGCGCCUGCGCGCAGGUCCGCGGCCGCGCGCCGGGCUCGUGCGCACGCCGCCAGCCGGCGUUCGGCGUAGCGGAGCGCCCCGCGACGCCGCGCUACGACACCUGCCCCGCUCAGAAGCCCGAAGCGAGCCCCGCGCCGCGCGCGCCUGACCCCGCGGGGCUCGCGACGCGCCUCAUGACGUCGCUGCGGCGCGGCGCGGAUACCCCCGCGCCGCGCCGCCAGCUACACACCGCGGCAGACGCGAGCGGGCCGGCGGCGCCGCGGUCCUUCGGCAGGAGCGACCCCGCACGGUCUGCGGGGGCAGGCGGGCUGGCGACGGCGCUGCGCGCGCGCGCCCGGCUACCCGAGGCGAGCCGCGGGCGCGAGGCGGCGCGCGAGGCGGCGUGCGAGGCGGCGCGCGAGGCGGCGCGCGAGGCGGCGCGCGAGGCGGCGGGCGCGCGCGGCGCCGGGCGGCUAGAGCUGGCCGUGCCGCCGGGCGCCGCGGCGGCGCGCGUGCGGGUGGCGCUGGACUUCGGCACGGCGCCGCCGCCGGGCGACGCGCCCGCCGCGCGGCCGACGGCGGACCGCCGAGCUCCGCCUACGGCUUCCGAUAGUGGCUUCUUUUGCGGGUCUGAUCAUUGGCUAUCGUUAAAAAACUUACAGAAUAAGAUUUCCGGAGGAUGGAAAUCCGACGAAGUCGAGAAGACUAGCGAGAGAGACGGUCCGCACUCGCGAGCGAAACCUAUGUCUGUUCCUGAAUUGAAAAUAAAAAAUGAGUCGACUGAGACGUAUCCGCCCCCCGCCCCGGGCGCCGCCCGCGCCGCCCCGAAGAAGCCGCCGAGCGGGCCGGGCGGACGGGGCGGCCCGUGCUCGCCGCCGCGACGCUGCCCGUAA